AUGGACUAUAUCCAACGGCUGCUUAGGCCCGGUGGAAAUCAGGAAUUUCAGCGCAUUCCGGGGGCUUUUCCGACCACCGAAGAUGAACAAUCACCCUCAGCAAAUACCCUUGAAAAUAGGUCACCGUUAGAGAAAAUAACGAGAGUUUGUCUCCAAUUUCCACUCUUGCUGAUCUACUAUGCUAUGGCCACGCUAGUACUUCUUCUGAACGUACUCCGACCUCUUCACAAAGUCUGGUCGUUCUACGACCGUAAAAAGAAACCUCUCGGUCGUGAAGAUGCGUGGUCUUCCCUUCUGGAUACCCUUACGUUGGAACACAACUCACUAGUGGCCAAGACGUCCAUGGACGAAACUCGGCUGGAAAAUUCCUUCAGCUUUGCUUCUAUCUACAGCGCGGAGGACGGAACUUUGACGUCCCACCUGCUUCCAGCAUAUGCGAAUUUGCUGCAAUCAAGCUCCGCUCAGGUCAAAUUUGGAAUUGUGUACCUUCAUGAUCAGUUGCUGGACAAUUGUGGUGAGUAUCUGGGAGCUCUCUGUUCCGAAACAUUUGUAAACAUGACCCGCAGAUACGAGGCACUCAUCUGGAUGGGAGAUGUGACCACUUCUGAAGGGCUGCAAGUCGCAAACGGCCUUAAAGUCAGAAAGCUUCCUUUUCUAGGACUAUUGGCUCCCAAACCUGGACACAAGAUUCAGGUCAUUGAAGCCCUCGAAGGAGAGCGUCCGGAUCGGUCGUUGGGCGCAUUCGAGGCGAAGAUGGCGAAGUUUUACCCAAGACUCAUCGAAUUGCGUCAGCAACAGCAAAACAUAGAGCUCCAGAGACUUAUGCGCGAGCAACAGGACUCGCGGUAUCAAGCGUCGCUCCGGCAGGACCAGGAACGCAGCCGCGUUAGACAAGCUGAAGAAGCAACCCAGAGAAGGCACGAACGCGAGACAGAACUCAAGCAACAGUGGCUUUCCUGGCGAAAGCAAGCUCUGAAUCAGGAACCAUCCAAUCCGGAAGGCUCUUGCAGAGUGGCCAUCCGGAUCGCAGAUCAAGGUCGUGUUGUGCGCCAUUUCGAUGCCAACUUACCCAUUGAAGAAAUAUACGCCUUUGUCGAAUUAUCCCGUUUGGAGUUGCUAAAUGAACGCUCAAACACAGACCGGGCGGUUGUCAGAAAGCCCGAUUACGAGUACAAAUAUCCGUUUAAACUUAUCACUCCAGUACCGAGAGCAGAUCUCGACCCACACGCCAUAAUCAAGGAUGUCAAUGCAAUAUAUCCAUCAGGAAAUAUUGUCAUGGAGUUCACUAAUGGGGAUUGA